AUGGCAAAUUCAUUGGCAGUUAAUUCAGUUGAUCUUUGUUGCUGUGUACCUGUUACAUGCGAAGAGAUUGAUGAUCGAUCGUUGGUGCAUGUAAAAGCUAUAAAUUGGAAUAGACGAUUCAAUCGUGGAUAUUGUACAAAGGACUGUACAAAACAUAAUACAUCAACGAUACACACUUAUUGGACAGGUCGAUUAGCAUCUUCACCAGAACAAUAUCCUUACUACGUUCCAAGCACUUGGUACCGCCUCAGUGUAGAUGUCGAUACGACAUCGCUUUUGGAUUGGAGCUCAAAUUGGCAUACAUUGUAUCACGGGACAGAUCCGCAUAAUAUCCAUAAGAUUCUUAAAAAUGGAUUUCGAGUUCGUGAAUGUCAACAUGGAUUUCCGGCACUUUAUCUUUCUCCUAGUAUUCAUUAUUCUUCUCAUCCACGCUACGCAGGUGUCGUCCUUCUCAAUAGUGUGUAUUUUCAAUUUGUAUUGGAAGUGAGAGUUGACACAAGAAAAUUAAUGCCUUUAAAGAAAAAUGAAUUUCUUCAAACGGGUGUUCAAGGUGAUAUUGACCCGAAUUUUCAAAAUAAUGAAAAUCUUGAAUUUUUAUUAAAAGCACGUGAAGGAAAUUUCAUAAAACCUUGUGAAGGUGUAGUUGUGACUGGUAUUAUGGUUCGAAAACUAAAUUUUGAUCCUGUACUUCUACCAUCAAGUUGGUGGUGGUGUAAAUGGCGUAGUUGGAUGAAUAUUCAUAAAUAUUACAACAACGGUGCACACCAAAAUUUUGAGAAUACAGAUUAA